UUUCUUUCGUUAUCUUUCAGGUAUCGAAGAAACGAUGGAAUUGAUAAAAGCAGCGGGUGGUACUUGUUAUGGAUACGUUUGCGAUGUUCGUAAUCGCGAUGAUAUUUAUAAAAUGGCUGAAAUAGUUAGAGAAGAAGUUGGUAAGGUAACUAUUUUGAUUAAUAAUGCAGGUGUGGUAAAUAUUGGAAUUUUCUGGAAGACUUCGGAUGAUCUUCUUAGUCGUCUAAUGGAAGUAAAUAUUAUGAGUCAAUUUUGGACAGUCAAAGCAUUCCUUCCGGCAAUGAUGGAAAGCAACAAAGGCCAUAUUGUGAACAUAGCGAGUAUAGCAGGUCUCAUUGGAUGUUCGGUAAUCGUAGAUUAUUCUGCGUCUAAGUAUGCAGUUAUUGGUUUCAGUGAAGCAUUACAAAUGGAAUUAGACUUUCAUGGACAUGACGUUAGCAUUACAUCAGUAUGCCCGACGUUCAUUGACAAUACCGGCAUGCCAGCAGCUAAAUUCUCUGGGCUUGUUCCAAUUGUUAGUCCGCAAUAUGUUGCUGAAAGUACUAUUACUUCCAUUCGGUGUAAUAGGAAGUUUGUUUUGGUGCCAAAUUACAUGUACUUUCUACUAUUUUUUAAAUGGAUAAUACCACGUCAUAUCUACCAUCAAAUAUUUAAAUUUUUAACGCAAAUGGAACCAACUGAAUUUUAUCCAAUAGAAAGUCAAGAAAAAUGUAAAACACAUCUUCCAAACGCAAGUAAUGUUGUCAUUACAUCAUAACAACUAAGCAGUUUUACUUAAUUUUUGCGAAAAGUAUCAUUUACUGAUAUGUAAAUAUUUCAAUAUGAAUAUAUGGAUUAUAGAAUAUGAAUAAAGAGGAGAAUCAUCAAUCGUAAAAUUAUCAAAUAAAAAGAGUUCAUAAUUUCGGAAUAGAUUAUCGGAAACGAG